ACCCACAAAGGUGUUUAUAAUAAUAUAUAAAUAGUAAGUGCAUCUCAUAAUUCACCGAUACACAUUGGAUCCAUUGCAGACAAUUUCCAACACCCAAAAUGAGUUCCCAUUCGGAAGCACCCAAACUCAACUUUGUUCUGUUUCCUCUCAUGUCCCAGGGCCACAUGAUCCCCAUGAUGGACAUAGCAAAAAUCCUGUCUCAGCAGGGUGUCACCGUCACAGUGAUCACCACACACCACAACGCAUCACGUUUUGCAUCAACUUUUGCUCGCUCCACCGAUUCAGGGUCUCAAAUCAGAUUAGCAGAAGUGCAAUUCCCAUAUCAAGAAGCUGGCUUGCCAGAAGGGUGUGAGAAUCUUGACAUGUUACCCUCCUUAGGCACUUCCUUGAGCUUCUUCAAUGCAGCAAACAGCACCACCUUGAAGGAACAAGUGGAAAAGCUCUUCCAAGAGUUGAAUCCUCCACCAAGCUGCAUAAUUUCUGACAUGUGUUUGCAUUACACAGCCACUAUUGCCAUCAAAUUCAACAUCCCUAGGAUAUCCUUCCUAGGGCAAAGUUGCUUCAGUCUCUUCUGUUUGUACAACCUUGGCAUCCACAGAAGUGUUCUCUCAAGCAUAGCCUCAAAAACUGAGUACUUUGUUUUGCCUGGUUUACCUGACAAGGUUGAGAUGACCAAGGCUCAGCUUCCAGGGAAAAGAUCAAGUGAAGAGUGGAAAGAGUUCUAUGCAGGAACUGCUGCUGCUGAAGGGGUUUCUUAUGGGGUGAUUAUGAAUUCCUUUGAGGAGUUGGAGCCAGCAUAUGCAAGAGGCUACAACAAGGCAAAGAAUGGUAAGGUGUGGUGUGUUGGUCCUGUUUCACUCAGCAACAAGGGUGAGUUAGAAAAGGCUGAGAGAGGGAACAAGGCCUCAAUUGACGAGCACUAUUGCAUGAAGUGGCUUGAUUUGCAGAAACCAAGGGGUGUGAUCUAUGUUUGCCUUGGAAGCAUAAGUAACAUGACUUCAGUGCAGUUGGUAGAGCUUGGUUUGGCCUUGGAAGCCUCAAAUAAACCCUUCAUUUGGGUCAUCAGGGAAGGGGAUCAAUUAGAGGCGUUGGAGAAGUGGAUCAAGGAAGAGGGGUUUGAGGAAAGGACCAAAGGUAGAAGCCUUGUGAUUCGUGGUUGGGCUCCUCAGGUACUAAUUUUGUCACACCCUGCAAUUGGAGGCUUUUUAACACACUGUGGUUGGAACUCAACUUUGGAAGCUAUAUGUGCUGGUGUGCCGAUGGUUACAUGGCCUCUUUUUGGUGACCAGUUUUUCAAUGAGAAGCUGAUUGUGCAGAUAUUAAGAGUGGGAGUGAAGAUUGGGGUGGAGUUUCCCUUGGAGUGGGGUGAGGAAGCGGAAAAGGGACAGUUGGUGAAGAGAGAAGAUGUUGAGAGAGCAAUUAAUGAGUUGAUGGAUGAGAGUAGGGAGAAUGAAGAAAUGAGAGAAAGAGUUAGAGAACUUGCAGAGAUGGCUAAGAAAGCUGUAGAGGAAGGUGGAUCUUCUCACUCCAGUGUGACACUCCUUAUCCAAGAUAUCAUGCAACAAAGCAAGACAUAAAUGAAUGAUCUUUCUCCCUUGGUGAAAUUAGAUUGAUUCCUCGUCAGAUACACAUUCUGGAGUACUUAGUUAGAUUGCCCAAUUUCACUGCAAAUAGUUUACAGAAGAGGGAAAUGGAGGGAAAACAAUUUUCAGAUGGUACACUGUCCAAUUUAGCUAUUCCCAAGAGCAUAGAUCAGUGUGUUCAUCUGAAUUUUCUGAUGUUCUGGUUAAGGAAGUCUUUUGAAGAAAGAAGCACCAACUCUUCUAAAGAUUUUCACAAGGCUCUAAAACAAGCCUUACCGAGAAAGAAACAACUUGGUUCUUGCAGAACAUUGAGUUCUGUUAGCCGUUCUCAUCGCAAUCAGCAAAAUCAUUCAUGUGAUAGAAGGACUUCAUGCAACUCAAGCGCUACAGUAGAUGAUUUUCUAUUAAGGGGACUUCAUGUAUAUGUUAGAAUUUUGAAGCACUAGUUAGUUCUCGAAUUUUUACCAUAAUAUAAUAUAUUUAUAUUUUUAAAAAAAAUUGUUUCUACUAGUAGUCAUUAUUUAAUAUCACUGUUUAGGUAUUGGUUAGUCUUAUUUAUUUCAUUACUAUAUGUAAAAAUCGUAUCUCGAUGUCGAGGAAUCAGAUUAUAUAAUAAAUGUUUCAUUAAAGAUGUUGGAGUUA